UUUCCCUUUUUUGUCUUAGUUUUUAUUGAAGUUGAUUUAUUUACUUCUUUUUUAUGUGAAAAAGAUUGAUUAUUUCGGCAGUUGAUAGUUUCUUAAGCAAGAAUUGAAUGAGUUAAAUGCCUCUACAUUUCAAAAUGGCGGAUUUGGCUUUGCUUGUCUAUCGAAAUGAAGCGUAUAAAUGUCACCAUUUUCUCUCAACUUUUCCUUUCCAAUUUUUCUUGUUAUUUGCUUUUGUGAUUCAUGAUAUAAAUGAUGUUUUAUUAUACACAGAAGUGGAGGGAGAGUAUUGGUUAGGGGUACAGAUGAACUCUGUAACUUUUGUGGAGACCUUGUAUUUGUAUUAGGAAAUUCAUUAAAUAUGUGCAAAUAUUUAAUUGCAACUCAUCAACUAUGACGACUACGGGUUCGGUGGUAAGUUCAGAACCCAUAAACUCUAAAUUCUGGCUCUGCCUCUGACCAUACCGUAUAUAAACUGGACGAGCACUGUCAGUCAAUGGGUAUUUUUUGACAUGUUUCCUUUGUAGAAAUUUGUAUUUUAUUAUUAUGGACUCUGGUUUCAUCCUCAAUCGGGGAAAAUUUUAAUUUGGCAUCAUUAAUUAAAAUUGUUCAUAACAUCAUGUGACCUGUUUGCCAGUGAUGCGAGUGACUGUGGUUGGACGAUCCUUUAUUGUGAUUCAUGGUUCUUCAUCUAUUAAUGAAAGUAAAAAGAUCCAUUAUGUAUAUAGUUUUAUCUAUAAAUUCAACGCAGUACUAUAUUCCCGUGUGGACAACUGGACAUGUAUUACAGCUUUCAGUUGUGCUGAGCCCCCUUUUGAAGCAAGGGUUAUUCGGAUCUUGUUUUUGGUUGGUAGUUAUCUUUUCACAUUACUGAUUAGGUUUAUCAGCCAACAAAGGAACAUACAGAUGAUUAGUAAUUAGUCUUCAAUAUGAUUAUUAUCAUGCUUAUUAUUUACUUCCUCUGUCCCAAUUUAUGUGACACUUUCGUUUUUCGAGAGUUAAUUUGAUCAAACUUUGAAGCUAAAUUGGAUUAGAUUAACUAAAUAUUUUAAGAUUAAAACUUAUACAUUUGAAAACUACAAGAAAAGUACUGAUGUAAACUAUGAGUCCACCAAACAGUAUAGAGAACCAGGUUCUCUAUCUGUUCCCUCAGAUAAAAGACAGAAAAUAAUGCACAAGAUGUUUUCGUGGAAAACUCCUUGCUCAAUGGAUUAAAAAUCACGACCAACCGGAGUAGGUUUUAACUUCACUAAACAGAGAAACUUCAUAUUACAACUCUUGCAACCUAAGAAUUAAACUCUUAAUCGAUCACCCCUUACAAUAACUUUAUUGUAAGCCCUUUACAAUAACUCUAUUGCAAAGCUACAAAUCUUGACUAACUCUAGCCAAAACAAAUCAAAACAACAAAAGUUGAAAUCUGUCCUACGAUAACACUUCUUCAAAGUAGAGUAGGAUUACAAGUAAAGGACAAAAAGACAAAGACUCAACAAACCUAAGGCUCAAGCCAUCUUCAGUUUGGGGAGCUGGUUCUUGAGUUUGUAGCAGCUUUGUUCUUGGCAGGACUUAGAGAGUAGAAGCGACUAGCACUUGAGAAAAAUAUAUUUUUAAGAUUUUCAAGUGUUAGGUUUAGCAUUGUAACAUAUUGUAUAUACAUUGAGGAGCAUGUGAGGAUCAUGUGACAAUGGAUAAGGACAACUCAGCCUUUGGUUUGGCCUCUAGCAAACUGCAGCUGUGCUGUUGCAGUUCUGCUAGUCGGUACAGUACCGCAGCUUUACAGCUGUAGAUAAGUUGGUUGUAUGACGUGUAGGGGACCUAAUCAAGUACCAAGUUCCUAUCUGGUUCCUCGAGAGUUUGGCAAAUCAUCAAUACACAAAAUAGCAUAUCUUAUCAAAUUGAAUCUCGGGAAGCAGAAAGUGUCACAUAAAUUGGGAUAGAGGAAGUAUUUCUCAGCGUGAGAAGAGGAUAUAUUGUUUGCUAUUUCAUGCAUGUUGUUUGAGUUAUAUGGUCAUGAAGAUAAUAUAAAAUUUGUGCGCAAGGAGUUUGCUCUCGAAGAUGUUGGUCCACAAAAAUGCAUGGCCUCUAGUGUUGAUGGCUCCAAAUUAGCCACAGGCGGCGUUGAUGGACGUUUCAGACUUUUUGAGUGGCCAACCAUGCGCAUUAUUGUGGAUGAACCUAAAUCUCACAAGUCAUUCAGAGACAUGGAUUUCAGGGGAAGCAAAGAUGGUGAUAUAUGUGUUAUUGAAGUGAAAAAGAUGGAGAUCUCCUCCUUGAACAAGAGAAUGCACUUGGGAACCAAUAUCACUUCUUUGGAGUUUUAUCCCAGUGAAAGGGUUGCUCUUACCACUUCCUCUCAAUGGGGAGCAAUGGUGACUAAGUUAAAUGUCUCUGCUGAUUGGAAAGAGUGGCAGAUUUAUCUAUUACUCUGGGGAUUAUUUUUGGCAUCAGCUAUUCUAUUUUACAUGUUCUUUGAGAAUUCUGAUUCUUUCUGGAACUUCCCUCAUCCAUCUUCAAGACUAAAGAUUGAAACUUUACAUGGAGAUCCAACAUCUGAUGAACAAUGGAGCAGCUUUGUACGUGUAGAUUUGAUCUGCGGACCAGGAAAGUGGUUUGUCGAGGCCGUAGACAAGGGGAAUUGUUCAUCUUGGGUUUGGGCUCGUCCUCCGACUCUUACAAGUGCUUCCUUGCUUCGUCUUCGCAUGAGAUUGCGUCAACCAAUGCUCUUUGGAAAAUAUAGCACAGGCAGUUGGGACAUCCUCAUACUCAGAAUCUUAAGUCUUUGUUUUCCUCUGGCGAUUUGUUGUCUAAAAUUGAUUUUAAGAAUAAUGUUAGUAUUGAUUGUGAAUCAUGUGCUCUUGCAAAAUCACAUUUGUGCCAUUUAGUAAAAGUAUUCAUCA